AUGCAUUUGCCGCUCGCGCGGCCCCGCUCGCCGGCCGCGCAGUGCACUGUCGGCACCGCGUCUCUCUCUGUGAUCAUCCCUGCGUACGACGAGGCAGAGAGGCUGCCGCGCACGCUCGAGGAGUCGCUCGCUCACCUGUCGACCACCCGGCGAGGCCCGUGGGAGAUCAUCGUGGUGGACGACGGCUCCCACGAUUCAACGUGCGAGCUCGUCGCGGCGCGGCUGGCGGCGGAGCCGCGGCUGCGGCUCCUCUCCUCCGGCCGUGGGGCCAAUCGCGGCAAGGGCGCUGGCCUCGCCGCCGGCGCGGCGGCGGCGCGAGGCGAGCUCCUGCUCCUCCUCGACGCCACGCCCCUUUCGGCGCUGCCCGCGCUCGAGCGGCGGGUGGGCGCGCGCGGCUGCGAGAUGGCCGUCGGCUGCCGCGCCGCGGCUCUUGCCGCUCGGCCCGCCGCGAGGAGGCUGAUGGGAGUCGUGUUUGCGGCUCUCGCGUCGACCUGCGUGCGGGGCGUGCCCGACACUCAGUGCGGGUUCAAGCUUCUCUCCCGCCGCGCGGCGCGCGAGCUCUUCCCGUCGCUGCAGAUCCGCGGCUGGGCGUACGACGCCACCGCCGCGUCGACCGCCGUCGCGAAAGUGCCAAAGGAGACGGGCUUACCAUAUGCGGAGAUGGGGGCGGCCGGCCUCUGUCGGCUGUGGGACCGCGCCGCAGACCCGACGCAACAGACCGACCUCUGCGCGCGCCCCGAGGCGGCGGGUGUGGUGCGGGGCCUGCUGCGGGUGCUGAGGGAGCACCUGGAGGAGAGGCUGCCCGGCCACCCCGCCCUGACGGCGCACUGGUUCAAGCGGCGCCUCAACUCGAGCCUUUCGCACGCCGCUCAGCCUGACCCCUCCCGCCUCCCGCAUGACCCCUCCCGCCUCCCGGCGUGCAUCAAGAACGUGCUCGGACCUCUGUGGCGGACGUGCGACACGAUUUGCGGGCACGACAACAAGGAUCCGAACCGCGAGUCGGCGGCCGGCGCCGCCAAGGCGGUCGUCACCCUCACAUUCCGGCCGAUCAAGAGCGAGGGCAAGUACAGGAAAGCGUUUGCGCAAUACGCGACGACGGUGCAGGCUUCCACGCCGGGCGUGCGCGCCUUCUUCUCCUUCAUGGACAAGAGCAGGGAGAAGACGGCGCUCCAAGCGAGCAAUCGGCCGCCGCCGCCGCUCUUCGACUUCAAGCCGCAGGAGCUGUUCGAGCACGCGCCCGGCAUCAAGCACCGACUGGUGCCAGAGUGGUACGCGAAGCGGCAGCAGCAGCAGUCCUAG